AUGGCUUUGGCAAUGGCGCAGAUGGUGCGCACUGCCCAAGCAGCUCAGCCGCACGUUCCUCAGCCUCAGCCUCAGCCUCUACAGAUAUCGUUCGAACGCUUUCGCGCCAGUCUACGCGUUGACGAGCAAGAGCAGUUUCGACACACGCAGUUCCAAGACGUGGUUUCCGAAGUCCAACGGCUGGAACGGAAGCAGGCGACUGCCAGUCACACACGCAAGAUCCAGCCCCGGAUCGAACCGUUCCUAAUCUUUCUCGAGCGAUAUGGGCGAGCAUUGGACUCGGCGACGCAGACACGACCUGUCCCUUUCUCACUCGUAUGGGGUUUGGUUGCUUCAUCCCAUUCCCAGUAUCUGGAGAGACUGAUCCAUGCAAUCGAGGAUAUCAGCGACAAAGUCUCACUAUAUGCCGAGUACGAGAAUCUCCUUAAGGGCGAUCUCCGUUUCCAAGCGGCAUUGGCCGACGUAUACUAUGAUACCCUGGUAUUUCUACACAGAGCAAAGAUUGUAUUUUCCAAGCGCGGCAUCAGCUUGCUUUGGAGAAACAUUUGGCGUACGUUCGACCUCGAUUUCCGCGAGACUCUCCGGGCUCUUUCACGACACACCGUCAUUUUAGAGAAUGAGAUAGCGUUGGCUAAUAGCACCAAAGUUGUCGCGGUUUGGAAAGGGUAUCCUGAGGCACGACAGAACAUUUCAAGGUGGCUAUCUAGUGCCGACGCACAAGAUGACUUCCUGAGAGAAUCGAAUCGGCGUACAUCACCAUGCGGCCAAUGGCUCCUCAAUCACGAACUGUUCCGACAGUGGUACCAGUCCAUCGGCAACCGAAUAUUGUGGAUUGUUGGACCACCAGGCUCUGGAAAGACUGUUCUGAGCACUUCAAUAAUCGAGCACAUCGAGAACGAGCAACAUGCGGACGGGUCCAAGCCUGUGGCCUUCUUUUACUGCUCUCAAAACUCUCAGCAGAACCGGACCACCAUUUCAAUACUUGCCACCUUGAUUGCACAAAUAAUAGCCCAGUUUGAAGACUUGCCAGAGGUGGUUCUCGAAGCUUACAACAAGUCAACGAAAUGCGCGAGACCUCGACUUUCAAUGGCAGACCAGCCUCUCCUCCUCAUCAAGUCUCUCUGUGACCUGCUCGGUGAACUAUAUGUCUUGAUAGAUGGAUUAGAUGAGGCUGAGAGUCCGGAGGAUGUAUUGCAGAACAUCCUCGCCAUCACCGGCUCUUCGGCGAAGAUUCGCAUCUUGAUUUUGAGCAGAGACCUACCUCGACUAACGAAGCAACUCGAGUCUUAUCCACAUUCGAUCCUGAGAAUAAAGUCUAGAGACACGAGAGCUGACAUUGACCUGUUCGUCACAGGUCAGUUGUCCAAGCUCGACUUUGUUGACACGGAAUUGCAUGAGAAGAUGUUCGCUAAGCUCUCCCAAGGAGCAGAUGGCAUGUUCCUGUGGGCGAGCCUUAUUUUACAGUCUUUGGCGUCGGCAACGACCAAUUAUGAUGCCAUGGAUAUAAUCUCCAACCACCCGGUGGGCUUGAAUCUUACCUACAAUUCGAUAUUAGAGAGAUUCAAAACAAGAUCUCGGCAAAGUCAAAAGCUCACUAAGAAAUUCCUGAUUUGGAUGUGUUGUGCUGCCCGGCCAGUCAGUUGGAGUGAGUUAACGGCAGCUUUGGCAUUUGGUGAGCUAGAAGAAGAAGACUACAGACAGAGGUUACCAUUUAAAGCGGCGAUGCUGGAAAUUUGCAGUCCUCUGGUCGAAUACCUCCCAGACCAAGACAUCUUUCGAUUUGUGCAUAUUUCUGUACGGGAAUUUCUGUUGGCUGUGACCGAAAGCCAUUCCAUGGACGAUGCGUCGUCACUACCUUUCCGAGAGGCAGAUGGCCAUUUACACAUUGCUGAUGUGUGUCUAAGGUACCUCCUUCAGUCCAACACUGUGGAUUUCAAUCCCGGAACUGACGACGUCCUGUUCGCUUUGUCUGAAUAUGCGAUGUCCUUCUGGGCAUAUCACUUGGUUCGGUCCAGAUAUGAACCCGAGCUUGAUAGAAAAAUGCACACCUAUUUGUCAUGCCGCGAGCGGCGUCUAAGCUGGAUCGAGCGGCAACUGUUUGGUGAAACAUCAGUCUUCCCUUUGCAGCAUCUGGUUAAACUCCAAAAACAGCUUUGCAAGUGGGCGUCGGCUGGCGAGCGAGAGCGAGACGACCGCCUCGAUUGGAUCCAAGAUGUCGAGCAGAUCUUAUUGGAUGUAGAGCAUGUCGAGGAACAGCAAAGCUCCGACUCCGAGACAGACAACAUCGGGAGAGCCAAGAUAACGUACUUUGAAAAGUUAAUGGUCAUCAGAGACCUCUCCCGAGAAUAUACCAUGGGCAACAGACUCGAUCAUGGUGAGAGCUGGAUAACCAAGGCUUUGCGAAGAAAACAGGAGUCUCUCAAGCAGGAUGAGUUGUCGACUGUUUGGAUGCUCAACAGCUUAGGGAUAAUAUAUGAUCAACAGCAGAAAGUCGAGCUUGCAGCAGCCACGCAAGAGCAGGCGCUCAUGAUCCAGGAGAGGCACCUAGGAGCUACCCAUCUGGAAACCAUUUGGACAGUCAACGAGCUCGGCCGCAUGUACAGACACUUGAAGCGGACCCAGGAUUCCAUCUCGAUGCACCUGCGGGCUCUCGCGGUCUUGGAAACAACCGGCGACGACCUGCAAGUGGCUUGGACCUUGAACACAGUAGCCCGGGCAUAUAGACAGCUGGGAGACCCUACGACGGCAAUAUCGCACCACAGAGAGGCUAUUGAUAUUCAAAAGAAGCUGCUCGGCAUUGACCAUCCCCACGUCCUCUGGGCGACGGCUGAUAUAGGACGAUGCUACCGCGACCAAGGCAGAUUCGUCGAAAGUGCACAACACCACCGGAUUUGCCUCGAGGGUCGGAAAAGAGUUCUCGGCAUGGACCAUCCCGAUACACUUUGGGCGAUCAACGACUUGGCCUUUGUCGUGGCGGAGUUUAACAAAGUCGAAGCCUUGAAACUUCACCAGCAGGCACUGGCCGGCCAGAGCGUUCUUCUUGGAGGCUCUCAUCGUCACACAGUCUGGACUAGAACGCAAAUCGAGAAGCUGGAGACCCAGAUGGGCCGGUUGGAAGUAGGAUAA